AUGGGCGUGUUCUCAUCAUUUAUCAGUUCUAUCACUGCCACUGUGAGCAAAUUGCAGAAUUCGCGUGUGGAGCAAUUCCAGCAACGAGCGAAGCUGCUUCGAUUCUUUGUGGAGCGAAACCUCUCAGCGGACCUGUAUGGAAAGAUUGAAGACGUGUUGCGACAAGAAGGACUGUUUGAGGUCCGGAUCAAGGAGCACGACGUCAAACUGGUAGAGGGCAUUCCGGAGCGCCUCAAGAUGCAGCUGCAUGAGGAGAUGUUCAUGUCUCUUCUGAGCCUCCUUCCCUUCUGGCCCAAAUGGGUUGGUGAGAGGGACAGCUUAUUGCACCGGCUCAUCUGCCAUCAGGCGAUGCGAGAGGGCACGGCGGUCCCAGGGCAGGAUGCCUUUAUCGCAGGUGCGAAUGCAGAGGAGGUCUACAUCAUUGAGUCUGGCAGCUUGAACUAUGUGUACUUGAACAACCAAAGACAUGAGGAUACUGUCUCUGCCGAGGAUAUUGUGUCCCUGCCCUGUAUUUUUGCGGAAUGGAAGCAUCGUGGGCGGCUUUACGCUCAUCAUAGUGCAUGCUACUGGGUUGGUCUCAAUGCAGUCCAAUUUUGCAAUCUGAUCGCUGACUCUGGUGGUGCCGUGUAUCAGCAUUUACACAUUUUCGGAAUUCUCCUCGUUGGAGCCAUUGAAGAUCGUUCGUGGAUGAUCAACGACAUUAACUGGAGCAUGGUUGGUGUGGAUGCGCUGUGCACACGCACUGUGAAGUUUGCACCUCGGCAUCACAUGCAGCACUGCCUCGUGCUACGUGCCCUAACUUGA